AUGACGGUCUACUCACUCUUUUCUUUCCUGCUGGCGCUAGCUGUCACAUUAUGGAGCUCGCCAGUUUCAGCAUCCUCGGACUAUCAUGAACAGCUGUUCCUCCAACCGCUCCCUCAAUCCUCUCUCCUAGCCUCGUUUAAUUUCCGGGGUAACACCUCCCAGCAAUCGUUCGACAACCAGCAUUUCCAAUACUUCCCACGGGCACUGGGCCAGAUUCUCCAGCACGCUCACACCAAAGAGCUUCACCUUCGUUUUAGCACGGGAAGAUGGGACGCUGAAAGUUGGGGCCCUCGGCCAUGGAAUGGCAGCAAGGAAGGCGGCACUGGUGUCGAGCUCUGGGCGUGGAUUGACGCGGCAGACGAUGAGGAAGCCUUCGCAAAGUGGAUUACUUUGACGCAAUCGCUAUCCGGCCUGUUCUGCGCCUCGCUGAACUUUGUCGACUCGACCCGUACAACUCGUCCAGUCGUUUCCUUUGAGCCCACCGGUGAUCAUCCGAAGGUUGAUGGUCUACAUCUUUUGCACGGAACUCUCCCCGGAGAAGUAGUCUGCACGGAAAACUUGACUCCCUUCCUGAAAUUGCUUCCCUGCAAGGGCAAAGCUGGAAUCUCAACCCUCUUUGACGGUCACAAACUAUUCGAUGCAGCAUGGCAAAGUAUGUCUGUGGAUAUGCGGCCCAUCUGUCCCUCGGAUGGCGACUGUAUUGUCCAGAUUGAACAGACCGUGGACAUGGUUCUGGAUAUUGAACGGUCCAAGAGACCCCGGUCCAAUCCAAUUCCACGUCCCGUUCCAAAUGAACAGUUGCUUUGCGACACCUCCAAGCCUUACAAUUCGCACGAUACUUGCUACCCUCUUGAGAAGGCUAGUGGAAAUGCCUGGAGCCUGCAAGAGGUAUUUGGGCGAACCUUGAAUGGCGUCUGCCCUCUUGCCGACUCAGAUGAACAGCAGUCUGUCUGUCUUCGUGUGCCGCAUGAGCGCCAAGUCUUCCACUCUGAGGGUGCGGUGGAACAGAAGAAGGCGGACGGGUUCACUCGUUGCUUCUCUCUAUCAUCUUCCCAGCCAUUUGAUCUCUCGAUCCCAGAACAAGCCGUGCAGACGGAAGUUGCUCUAGAGGAACCAGUGCUCCAUGCAGAGCGAACAAUUGUUGGCCAUGGCCAGGAACGUGGUGGCAUGCGGAUUAUCUUCGGCAAUCCUUCCAAGACCACUGAUGUAGACUUCAUUCUGUUCGAAUCCUUGCCUUGGUACCUAAGACCAUAUAUCCAUACACUGCAAGCAACCAUCACAGGUCCCGAUGGGGUGCCACGCGAAGUGCCUGCUUCAGAGCUUGUGACUGGCACGUUUUACCGGCCCGCGAUCGACCGCGAGCGCGGCACUCAGCUGGAGCUGGCACUUUCGGUUCCAGCCGCUUCGACCGUCACCUUGACUUAUGAUUUUGAAAAAGCCAUUUUGCGGUACAAUGAAUACCCGCCAGAUGCCAAUCGCGGAUUCAACGUUGCGCCUGCUGUCAUCCGAAUCCUUAACGCGCCGGAUAGCGCACCCAUCUAUAUCCGAUCGACUAGUCUACUCCUGCCGCUUCCGACUCCCGAUUUCAGUAUGCCGUAUAACGUGAUCAUCCUCACUAGUACUGUGAUUGCUCUCGCGUUUGGCACUGUCUUCAACAUCCUGGUGCGACGAGUUGUCUCGGUGGACGAAGCAGCUGCGCUUGGCGCUCAGAGCCUCAAGGGCAGGAUUCUGGGCAAGCUGGUGGCUAUUCGUGACCGGAUCAAGAAGAAGGAGACCAAGGUUGAAUAG